AUGUCACCACCCACCACCCGACUACCGCCACCGCCACCGGACUGUCACCAACGGGUAAUAUGGUUAGAAUUGUUGGGGUUUCCAUGUUGUCCAUGGAAUGAUGCAGCAGUAUCGAAGAUUGCAAAAACUUGGGGCGAUGUGUGUUUUUUAGAAGAGGAUGAUGAAGCCCCCUUGGAUAUUCAACGAGUGUGUAUCAAGACAGUAAAGCCUUCUCUGAUUCGUGAAAAAAUAAAGUUCGUUGCGCAUGGAAUUGAAUAUGCGGUCGUUGCACGUGAAUUGUCAAACUCGGAGCCUGAUAUCUUGGAGAAAGGAGCUAAUCUUGGUCAGGAAAUUCAAAGUUUUUCGGGUGAUUCAGAAGAUGAUGACUAUUUUGAUAAUGCCUAUAAUGAAGAACCUAACAAAAUUGAGUUAGGAAGAGAAGAAGAGGAAAUUUAUGAUUCAAGUGAGAUGGUGUCAAUGAUAUGA